AUGGGUGGCAACCAGACAUGGAUCUCAGAGAUUACCCUCCUGGGAUUCCAGGUAGAACCAGCACUGGAAUAUUCCCUCUUUGGACUCUUCUCCCUGUUCUAUGUCUUCACUCUUCUGGGGAAUGGUACCAUCUUGGGCCUCAUCUGUCUGGACCCCAGACUGCACACCCCCAUGUAUUUCUUCCUCUCACACCUGGCCUUCAUUGACAUAUCCUAUGCCUCCAACAACGUCCCCAAGAUGCUGGCAAACCUUCUGAGCAAGAAAAGAACCAUCCUUUUUAUCCCAUGCAUAAUGCAGGUGUUUUUGUAUUUGGCUUUGGCUGCCACAGAGUGCCUAAUUUUGAUGGUGAUGUCCUACGAUCGGUAUGUGGCCAUCUGCCAUCCCCUACAUUACACUGUCAUCAUGAGCUGGCAGGUCUGCAUCACCCUGGCUAUUACCACCUGGGCACUUAACUUCCUCCUGGCUCUAGUUCAUGUGGUUCUCAUCCUGAGGUUGCCCUUCUGUGGGCCUCAUAAGAUCAACCACUUCUUCUGUGAAAUCCUGUCUGUCCUGAGGCUGGCCUGUGCAGACACUAGACUCAACCAAGUGGUCAUCUUUGCAACCUGUGUGUUUGUCUUAGUGGGGCCCCUCUGCCUGGUGCUGGUCUCCUACAUCUGCAUCCUCUUAGCCAUCCUGAGGAUCCAGUCUGGGGAGGGACGAAGAAAGGCCUUCUCCACCUGCUCCUCCCACCUCUGUGUGGUGGGGCUCUUCUUUGGCAGUGCCAUUGUCAUGUACAUGGCUCCCAAAUCCCACCACCCUGAGGAGCAGCAGAAGGUCCUUUCCCUGUUUUAUAGCCUUUUCAACCCUAUGCUGAACCCCCUGAUCUACAGCUUGAGGAACACAGAGGUGAAGGGCGCCCUGUGGAGAGCCCUGUGCAAGGAGAGGCCAAUGUGAGAGAUAUCAAAAAGCCAUAUGGUAGGCACUUUGCUCUCAUGGGGCAUGGAAGUUGGAAAUUGUUGUACCAUAUGCUGGAAUAAAUGCCACCUUAAAAUGCAAUGUUACAGACUUAACAUAAAACCUGAAACUAUAAUAAUUCCCGAAAAAGAAAAGGAGAAUACCACCAUCACAUUCAGGUGGCACAGCUUCUUAUAGAAGACACAAAAAGCAAUAGACAUAAAAUUCAAAAAAUUGACAAAUAUUAGACCUCUCCAAAAUGAAUCGUGCUGCUCAU